AUGGAAUCCUGUCUCUCCCAUUCCCCGAGCAGCGGGCUAGCUGGCCAAGAGUCGCUCAAGAAGACCUGUGGUCUCCAGAGCGAUGGCGCUUCCGCUGCCUCCGGCGUCCGGCAGCUGGAUGAGAAGGAGAGGAAAGACUGUGAGUUCUUCUGGUCCUUCCUCGCUGGUGAGGAAAAGGAGUUGGACGCGAAGCACAGGUUCCUGGCCUCCAUCCGCACCGUCUGCAGAGUGCGGCUGGAGAGGAGGUACCUGCCUGACGGCAAGUUGGAAGCAGAGCACGAGGUGCUAGUGCAAAAGGCGUUCCCCAGCUACCGGAACCCAGUGAUGUCCCUGGGCAGGCACACCGUGCUCGCCAUCACUGCAAGGAGGCAAGUGCCCCAGAGCCCGGCCGUGGCAGGGCGUCUCUGCAGCAGGGCCCUGAUGGCAGCAGGCGUGCCCCAGCUGCCAGCGUCCAACAGGCGGUUUCUCUCCUUGCAGUGCUGCGAACGCAGCCCAGGUUGCACGGCACCUGGGCCCCUGCAUUGGCUACAUCUGCUUUCUUGGUGAACAGAGGGAGCGGCGUGGCUUUGACGCUCCCCUCUACGAUGGGAUCCUCCAGUCUCUGGACAGCGUGCUGCAAGCGCUGCUGCUUCUUUCGCCAGGCUUCCCCGUCCCCAUCCUGGCGAUCAUCUUGCAGGCUCUGCUGCCCUACAUCAAGUGCGAGAGGGUGAAAGCGCGCCGGUGUGCUGUGGGGAGGAUUGCCAGACUGAGCCGGGUCCUGGUCACCCCUGCUCUGAUGGAGAGCUCGUCUGAACAGAGUAAAAACACGGACGGCGUUUGCUGCUUAGAAGACAAGUGUGAGACGCUGCUGGGGCAGCUGUUGGGGCACCUGACCCUGUGCCGUGCCGAGGUGGACCAGCAGAUCCGCCAUGGGUCUGAGGAGGCUCUGCGUGUCAUCCACAGCGUCUUCGUAGCUCGAGAGAGUUACUCGGUGGCACGUGCCGGUCAAAGUCUAUAUGCCGAGGGGGAAUGGCAGCCCUGUUUCCGGCCCUACUACCUUUUUGAGGAGAAAAUGGCACUGGGCAGGCUGCUCCUCCCCGUGGAGAGGGGGAACUUGGUUCUCACCGUCCUGGAGGGCAUGGCGCAGCCGAGGGUCUCCGACACCGGGGUGGUUGCCGCCAUGUUGGAUGAGGCCCUGAGAGAUGGGGCCUCUAAGCUCUCGAAUGUGCCUGAGAUCCUGCGGAGCAUCUAUGAACACCUGAUGUUGCUCAGCAAGAAGUCGCUCCGGGACAUCGUGAUCCGGACCCUUUUCCAGAUCACGCAGUUGGACCCCCAGUGUGUGGUCAGGGCCAUGCUGCGUGACAUCUCAUGGUGUGACAGGCUUUCUACAACCAUGUGGCAGACGAUGGUCUCCGAGCCCAGCCUUGCAAAGCAGGUGGUGUACAACCUGCUGAUGCAACGGCCACAGACCAAGCACGAUGGCUUUGGCCCGGGCCGCAACUGCAUCCAUCACCUGCAUAUAAUCCGUGCCUUGCACGCCAUCCUCCAUCUGCCCUCCAGCGAAGUCUGUGUGCAGUGGCACUUCCACAGGCUAUAUUUGGUAGUGCUGAUUGAGACCUUCUUCAUGCUGCGAUGCUCAGAGCAUGGCCGCUUCAGCGUGAGGGCCAGUAAGACGGAGGAGAAGACGUCUGUGGACAGCAACGUCAGGUGUGCGGUGGAGAGCAUGAGAGCGCUUUUCCACCACCUGACCGGUGACGACAGUGUGGUGGAGGACAUUGACAAGCAGGGUGGCUGGGAUCUGCUUAUGAGCACUGGGACCUACCACACAGCUGUGGGUGUGCUGACCAGGGCACUGUGGAACACGGGACCGCUCUGCUGUUCUGCGGUGUUUGAGUAUGCAGUCGUAGCGCUCUCCCAGAGACAGAAGCACAAGGAGAUCGGCGCCAUGGCUGUGUUCACUGAGGUGGGCCUAGAGGCAAGCGGUGCCUCUUGGAGGUGCCUUUGCAACUCGGUCUCCGUGGUAGAGCGGGGAGGGUCAGGCUGCCAGUCGAUGGAGCAAGGCCUGCGCUCUCAGUGCAGUCACUCCGGCCUGGGGGCAUCCCUGCCACGAGGCCUUUUUCCCCUGCCACGAGGCUGAGGAAGAAGGUGGGAAGCACGUGCGUUUUGUGCGGCUCCCGAGAGCAAGAGGCCGCAAACGGCCGUGAGGGCAGGAGCAGCAGGCAAGGAAGCUGUGCUGCGUGCCACGAGGCAGAACUGUGACUACUGGUCCUAGGGCCCCCGGCCUGGGCCUUGCGGGAGGGGCAGUUCAGCACAGGAAUC